AUGGAGGACCCCUCGAAGGAUGUCGCGGCGAAGGAUGCCCCCACGAAGGAUGCCCCGGCGAAGGAUGUCGGGGCGAAGGACCCCCACUGCGCGUACGACAAAAUAAAGUACGAGUUCUCCGACGUGAAGUACACCGUGGACCAUGGGAGGCUGGAAAUCCUGCACGGAGUGAAGGGCAUCCUGCUGCCCAAAACGAUAACAGUGAUAAUGGGUCCGAGUGGGAGCGGGAAGACAACGCUGUUGAAUAUACUCUCCAUGAAGGUGACCGACGGAGUGGAGGGGAACUUCCUCAUAAACGAUGCGAGUAGGAGUAAAAACAUAAAGAGCUAUAUGGGGUACGUCCUGCAGGAUGACUACUUCUUCUCCCGACAGACCGUUUACGAAACGAUUGAAUUUACGGCCAAGCUGAAAUUAGACAUUAGGGACAAGAGCAAGUUGCGCGAAUUGGUUCACUCCGUGCUGGACAUCAUGAGCCUGACCCAUGUGAAGGACACCAUAGUGGGGGAUGCCUUUGUAAGGGGGAUAAGUGGAGGGCAAAGAAAAAGACUCUCCAUUGCAAAUGAAAUUUUGUCUAACCCACCUCUCCUCCUGAUGGACGAGCCGACAAGCGGGUUAGACUCUUCAUCAGCGUUAUCCCUAGUGGAGUGCAUUCAGAGGAUAGCCACCAUCUCGAACACCACCAUCAUAUCGUCUCUCCAUCAACCGAGCAGCCAAGUGUUUGGGAAAUUUGACCGACUCAUAGCAAUAACAAACGGGUAUAUAAUCUACCAUGGGAAGACAACCCACCUGAGUAGGUACCUAAAGAAGGUUGGGUUCAUCUGCCCGUACGGGUGGAAUGUGGCAGACUACCUCAUGGAUGUGCUGUGCAACCCAAAUUUUGAAUCCAUUCUGCUGGAGAAUUAUAACAAGUAUCUUCGCUACGAUAGGGAGGUCGGCUACUACAUGGACAUUGACGCGAUUGACAAUAGGGUGGUGCACGACGACUACGAUUCGUUGCUGGCCAAGGAGGGGAGCGACGGCAAGGCGGCACAGGGUGGUGGUAAGCCAUCGCAGAGCAGCGGUAUGUCCCCACAGGGUAGCGCCUUAUCCCCACAGGGUAGCGGCAUGACCCCGCUGGAGCUGCGGAGCAAAUCGUCCAGCGGCCCCGCCCCAGAAGUGAACAACGCGCGGGAACAAGACCUGGCCAAGCUGAAGGCAGUCGAGGUGCUAAUCUCCUUGCAAGAAAAAAAGACCCCCUACAUGAGGCAAAGCCUUUUUCUCUUCAUGAGAGGAUUAAAAAAAAUUAUAAUAGACGAAAUAACGAUAGUGAAGGUGAUCGACCUGAUUGUCAUUCUAACCUUGUUUGGCUUUCUCUGGUUGAAAACGUUUAAGGAGGACACGGAGGAUGGGAUCAUUGACACCAUUGGGGCCAUUUUUUUUAUCCUCUCCUAUUGGACGUUUUACCCGGCCUACCUGUCGUUGUACUCCUUCCCCUCGGAGAGAGAAGUCAUCGCAAAGGAGAGGAACAUGAAGACCUUCCAAGUGAGCAACUACUUCUUUUCCAAACUUUUUGCAGAGCUGAUCUUUUUCUUCACCUUAAUUUCCUUUUGGGUUCUAAUCACGCAUUUGAUUCUGUAUGGGACGCUUAAGUUUUGGGUGUAUGUAAGUUACGCCUUGGUGACGUUGCUAAAUGCACUCAUUAGCAGCUCCCUGGGGUACUUCAUAUCCACCCUGUUUGAUAAUUUCAGCAAGGCGGUUAGCUUCCUUUCCGUCGUCCUGCUGACCAUGACGCUGACCAACGGGUUCUACGUCGAGAUAGCCAAAUUGCAAGUGCCCUUUAGAUACCUCCAGUGGUUGUCCUACCAAACGUACUCCGCGUCCGUGCUAGCCAAAAUUAAGUUUGACGACGCCGUUAUCAAGUGCUCCGGGGAGAACCUCUCCCCUCUGUGCCUCACGCAGGGCUUCUUCCCUGGCAAGGUCAUCAUAGAGAAGCGCUUUGCCAAGCUGCACAUUUCGCUCUCCGUCUUCAUCCUCGUCAGCUUCUACGUCGUGAUCAAGGCGGCCACCUACGUCUCGCUGCGCUGGUCCCGCGCGCUCCGCAUGAAGUGA